AUGAAGAAGCUACGUACACUGAUCAUCCACGGUAGUGGGAUCAUUGUGGAUUCGCUCCCUCAGAUGCUCCAAAACAUGAAGUUGCUCAGAGUUUUGGCAUUGGGACGGUUACCUAAUGGUGUGGAGGAACUACCCAAUGAGGUUGGGGAUCUAAUUCAUCUUAGGUACAUCACUCUAUAUGCAUUAAGUUGUGUUUCAAUGCUUUCGCAAGUUGCGUCUAUUGUAAAGUUUAAUGGGCUGAAUUUUGCUGAGUGGCAUGAACAAAUUCAGUUUCACCUCGAUGUUCUGGAUCUUGAUCUAGCAUUCUUGACUGACAAGCCCGCUGCUAUUGAUGAUAAUAGCAGUGCUAAUGAUGUAGCCUUCCAUCAAGCAUGGGAAAGGUCAAAUAGACUUAGCAUAAUGUUUAUGCGAAUGACACUUGAAAGCAACAUCAAGUCAACAAUUCCCAAAUUUGAUAGUGCUAAGGAUUUGUUGAAACAUGUGGAGAAAAAUUCACUUUCUGAAUGUGCUGAUAAGGCCCUAGCAGGCACACUUAUGGGUAAACUGACCACCAUGAAAUUUGAUGGUUCGCGUUCCAUGCAUGAGCAUGUUACUGAGAUGUUAACCUUAGCAGCAAAAUUAAGAUCCAUGGAAAUGGAAGUGAGUGAUACUUUCCUUGUUCAAUUUAUUUUAAACUCGUUGCCUCACGAGUAUGAGACAUUCCAAGUGAAUUAUAAUUCCAUUAAAGAUAAGUGGAAUGUGCUCGAAUUGCAUAAAAUGCUAAAUCAAGAGGAAAGAAGGCUUAAGGGACAAGGGAUUCACUCAGUUAAUCUCAUGAGUCAGUCAAGGGCUGGUAAAAAGUUUGGAAAGAAUAAUCAGAAGGGUAAGAAAGGACCAAUGAAGACUAAUGAGUCCUCUUCUCAAAUCCACAAUAAGGAACAUAAGAAUGACAAGUGUCAUUUCUGCAAGAAAUUUGGACAUUUUUAG